AGCACUGCAAGCACAAAUCGGCCGCGGAGAACCUGGUCUCGGCACAGGAGCUGCUGGAGGGAGAGGAGCUGGCGCUGGCCAAGGUGGCCGUGCUGCUCCUGUAUCACACCUCUAUGAGCUGUAAGAGCCCCGGGGACUGGAAUGAGUUUGACUACAAGACCCAGGUUGAACUGGCAGCGAUCCUCAAAUUUGUGCUGGACAAUGAGGAGAGCCUGAAUGAGAAUCUGGAGACAUUUCUGCAGAGGAAAGUGCCGCUGUCCUCGUCCAGCGCGUCCAGCAGCAGCUCUGAGGAGCACUCCCCGCUGCUCUCCCUCCCGCACAAGCGAGAGGUGCGUUUCCUGGAGCUGCAGAAGAUUGCCUCCUCCUCCGGCGCCAACAACAUGCUCCCCGGCCCUCCAUCCUCGCCCAUGGGGGACGUCAUGCAGACCCCCCAGUUUCAGCUGCGAAGGCUGAAGAAGCAGCUGGCUGUUGAGAGAGAGAACCGGGAUGAGCUUGAGGUGGAGCUGGCAGAGAAUCGCAAGCUCAUCACAGAGAAGGAGGCUCAGAUCACCAUGAUGCAGCAGCGGAUUGACCGCUUGGCUCUGCUCAACGAGAAGCAAGCUGCAGACCAGCCCGAGCCCAGGGAAAUGGAGGAGCUGAGGGAGAAGAACGAGAGCCUGAUGGUGCGCUUGCAUGAUGCCCUCAAGCAGUGCCAGGACCUCAAGACUGAAAAAGGCCAGAUGGACCGAAAAAUCAAUCAGCUCUCAGAGGAGAACGGGGACCUUUCCUUCAAGGUACGGGGUGCUGUGUCCUCUCUCCACUUGGUCCAGCUGCAGGAAGCCCUGAACGAGCUCUCGGAGGAGCACAACGCGGCCCUGGCGCAGUCGCAGGAAAAGCAGGGGCAGCUGGAGGGCGAGCUGCGUGCUGCUCUGCAGGAGAAGAAAUGCUCAGAAGAGAAGAUCGAGAUUCUCCAGGGGAAGAUCUCUCUGCUGGAGGACCAGCUGGCCAAGCUGGGGGACUGCAGCACCCAGGAGAAGGGAGAGGUCAUGGCCGAUAUCCUGAAG